CAGUACCACAGACUAGGGUUGCUGUAACUCUGUUUAGCUUGGUCCCGCAGCAGUUUUUAAUUUUAGUAGCAAGACUACUUCUCGCAUUGCAGCCCUUCCUGGAGCAUGGCGAGAAGGGGGGAUGAAGGCUGCUGCGCGGUCCUGCAUCUCAAUGAAGACAACGCUCGCUUCGGCCUGCUGGCGACGCUCAUCCUGCUGUACCUACUGUGCGGGGCUGCCGUCUUCUCUGCCAUCGAGCACCCGACAGAGCUGAGGGCAAAGAAGCUGUGGACCCAGCAUCUGCACAACUUCACAGAGACGCACGGCAUCAGCGCGGAGGACCUGAAGGCCUUUCUCAGGACCUACGAGGAGGCCAAUGUGUACGGGGUCCGUGUCGAUGCGCUCAGACCACGCUGGGAUUUCCCUGGGGCUUUCUACUUUGUUGGAACAGUGGUGUCCACUAUAGGUUUCGGCAUGACGACUCCGGCCACCAUUGGGGGAAAAGUCUUCCUAAUCUUCUACGGGCUGAUCGGCUGUGCGGCCACCAUCCUCUUCUUCAACCUCUUCCUGGAACGCAUCAUCACCAUGCUGGCCUACAUCAUGAGAUGGUUCCAUGAGAGGCAGCUGAGACGCACGGGGGUCCUCAUGCCCUCGGACCACCGACGCGGCUCAGGCACGUCAGCAGGGGAGUCGGACAGUCUGGAGGGCUGGAAACCCUCGGUCUACUACGUCAUGCUGAUUCUGGGGGUGGCUGCUUUGCUGAUCGCCUGCUGUGCCUCUGCCAUGUACACUGUCAUGGAGGAAUGGGGUUACUUUGACUCGUUCUACUUCUGCUUCGUAGCAUUCAGUACCAUUGGCUUUGGGGACCUAGUCAGCGGGCAGAAGGAGUACUAUGUGAAUCAGGGAGCCUACCGCUUCGGCAACUGCCUGUUCAUCCUGAUGGGUGUCUGUUGUAUCUACUCCCUCUUUAAUGUGAUUUCCAUUAUCAUCAAGCAAACCCUGAACUGGAUCUUGAAAAAGCUGGACUGCCGCUGUUGCCGUCACUGCAGGCGGAAGCACCUCCGGCACCACCGCAAUGCUGUGAAUCCAGCGCAAAUCAAGAGCCGGCGGAAUGAUGUCUCUGUGGAUACCGUCUGCGACAGCGAGACAGACGGUCGCCGCAUGUCUGGAGAGAUGAUAUCCGUCAAAGACUUUAUAGCAUCCAAUAAGGUCUCCCUGGCUAUCAUGCAGAAGCAGCUGUACGAGACGGCCAACGGUGGCCCCCGGCCGAGUUACGCUCGGCACAACGGCUUCUCCGGGGGAAUUGGGGCCCUGGCAAUCAUGAAUAACCGGCUGGCAGAGACCAGUGUGGAUAGAUAAGCUGAGAGGUAUCUGAGAAGCCAAAGGAUAGGCAACUGAGGUUCUUUUAAAAGUUCAGGAAGGUGAAAGAAAACCUGCCAUGGAAACAGAGUAACAGCCUGCACAAAGGCCUUGGCUGUCAUGAAUAGCCAACUGGAUGGGACUGACGUGGAUAGAUAGCUUAAAGACAAGG